AUGCAAUACAUGCCGUCGCCCUCAAACGUGGCCUGCGCUGUCCACCCUUGCCUGCAAGUGCCCGAGGCCGAAGACGGCAACAACUUUGGCGUCGAGGUGCAGAAAUACGUCGAUGCGCACCUGAAAGAGUCGUGUAAAAAGUGGAAAGAGACGUGGGACUCGAUCGCUGGUAACCGCUUCGUGCGAGCUACUGCUGUGGAGAAGCUCGACUUGAAAGCGAGCUCUGAGUCGAGCACGACGACGACUGUCACGUCUUUUGAGGGCGGCAAAGACCGCGACGAAGAGAAAAGCGUGACGGGCAGAGUGGAGAACCAGAGUCACACGGGGAACAGGUCCCACAUAUAUUAA